AUGGUUGCGUUACUGGCAUUUUUAGUCCCUUUAGUGGAGGUUAGUUUAAAGAUUGGACAAUGGUUGUGUGGUCCAGUAAAAAACCAACAUGGGUAUCUUUUUAACUACGUAUCUAACAUUGGGAAACUUAGAGAUGGUGUCGAAGAUCUUGAAAAUCGUAGAGCUAGUGUUCAGCAUUCAGUUGAUGCUGCCAUGAGAAAUUUAGAGGUUAUCAAACCAGACGUUUUGGCAUGGAUGAAUGGUGUUGAUGAGUUGAAGAAAGAGGCAGAUAAAGUUUUACAAGCUACUACAACCGGUUCGGUUCAGAAAUGGUUCUGGUGUUUUUGUGGUAGAUUUUUAAAUAUCAAAUCACGGUAUUCACGGAGUAAGAAGGCUGUGAGGAUGAUGGAAGAUGUGAAACAACUCCAGGAGAAGUACAAAUUCACUAACGUUUCAAAUCCUCCAUUGCCUGUAGAAAUCACAGAUUUCAAUCAUUUGAGUUAUUCUGAAGGGUUUGGAUCAAGGGUCUCAAUUAGAACUGAAAUCAUGGAAUCUUUGAAAGAUGACGCUGUUUGUGUGAUUGGGGUAUGUGGAAUGGGUGGCGUGGGGAAGACAACAAUGGCAAAAGAAGUCGGGGCAAGAGCUAAGUUAGAGCAUCUAUUUGACGUAAUUAUCAUGGUAGAUGUCACUCAAGCACCCAACAAGAACACAAUUCAAAGUAAUAUUUCAGAACAGUUGGGCUUAAAACUACAAGAAGAGAGCUUGUUGGUAUGA